AGCAAAUUCACGCGUCAAGCUCCACCUUUGCGGCACUUCCCCCACCUCCACCUACCACUUCCACGCCCCUCCAUCCAUCCACACGAAACAACCACAACUACAAACGAAAACCCCCCUCUAGAAAAUGGCAGACAACGAGAACCCCACCGUCCUGCUUGAAUCCAACGACGGCUUCCAGUUCAUUGUGCGCAAAUCGGCCGCCAUGAAGUCCUCAGCCAUCAAGGGAAUGUUGAACAAGCGCAAUAAUUUCACCGAAGCUAUCGAGAACCGUAUCGUGUUCCAGAACAUGAGCGGCGCGAUCUUGGAGAAGGUGUGCCAGUACUUCUACCACUACGAAAAGUACAAGGGUUCCAAGGAGGAGAUUCCAGAGCCCGACUUCAUCACGCCCGAGCUGGCGCUGGAGCUGCUGUUCAUUUCCGAUUUCUUGGAUUGUUAAAAGCCUCGGCGGUCUGAGUGGAUAAAUACUUGAUACGAUGGUAUGGGAAAUGUUUACACGAAUACCUAGAUGUUUACACGAAUACCUAGAUGAAUAAAGAAGGGAAGCAAU